UUUUUUUUUUCUCACAGUCCCCUUUCAACCUCCCAAUACUAUCCAUCAUUUUAUAUGCAACGUUCUGUACAAUUGCUUCGAAAGAUGUCAUCUACAGCAGCUUCAACCCCCAAGAAAAUCAAGAUCGACAUUGUCAGUGACAUAGUCUGCCCAUGGUGCUACAUCGGCAAGAUCCGACUGGAGAAGGCGAUUUCGUCAUACAGGUCCAAGCCUGAGAACAAGGAUGUUCAAUUUGAAGUGAACUGGUUCCCUUAUCAAUUGGAUCCCUCCGCUUCAAAGACACCGAUCCCAAAGAUGACCAAUUAUGCUAACAAGUUUGGACCCACUCGAGCACCUUUGAUUCGAGAUCGAAUGAUCAAAGUGGGGGAAGCUGAAGGUAUUCAUUUCAAAUACGGUGGGAACAUAGUCAACACAUUGGAUUCUCAUCGAUUGGUCUGGUUUGCGACCCGCAAGGGUAAACAAGAUGAGAUGGUGACUGAGUUGUUCAAGAAUUAUUUUGAAGAGGACAAGUGUGGAGAGAUCCCGACGUUGAUUGAAUCGGCUGUGAAGGUUGGAUUAGAUCGAGAGGAAGUGGAGAAGUUUUUGAAAUCAGAUGAAGGCGUUCAAGAGGUUCAACAAGAAAUUGAACGUGCCAAGUUACAAGGUGUGCAAGGUGUGCCGAAUUUCACCUUUAACGAAAAGUUUGUACUUUCGGGUGCUCAGGAACCUUCGACCUUUGAGGAAGUCUUUGACAAAACCGUUUAAAAAAAUAAAAAAAAA